GUGUGUGUGUGUGGGGUGUGUGUGUGCAUGCACACCUUAGGCAUGUAAAGUAUAUGUGGGCGAUGGCGAAGUGUGUGUCGCACUGAUUGAGAUAUGUAAACCGUUCCGUAGGAUUGGCAACCAGCAGGGCUGAGAUUGGCACACGUUCGCCAAUUCAUCAAGGCCUCUUCUCUCCCAGGUUCCUGCGUUCUUUCGGAUUCUUCCUCAUAGGAGAAACCUUGUCUCAGUCGAUUCUUACCGCCCACCCCCCCCAUUUCUUCUCCCUGCGUUCUGAUGACCUCUGAGUAAUGCUCACAGUCUUUCUCUUGUUUCCAGAAUUCCCCAUUACAGACUGAGGGGCCAGUAAACCGGCCUCUUUAUUCUGUUCUCUCUCCUUCAAAUAGGAAAGUAAUUGUUUUUAGUACAGUAUGUGAAAGUAGGCCCCAUUCCAAUCAUGAAAACUAAGUAUGAUACUUAAUUUUCUUUAAGUGAAGCUCUGGUUUCCCCCUCAAUCUCUUCCAAACCGGAAAAUUAACCAUCAUAAAUCUUUCAUUUAUGCUGCUUCAAGCCUCCAAUGAAAUGGUUUUUAAGAUAGGAGGGAUAUUUAUUGACAUCAACCUUCAAGUUAGACUCUUCUGAUCUACGCAGCAGUUGAACAAAUUUCAGUUGCAUAUGGUUUGAGUUUCUAUUUUACCCUUCCUGCGUUUUUUGAAGGCUUGGUUUUAUUUAUUUUAGAUUGAUAUUUUAUGCUGCUCUUUGUAUGCAAGGUUAGUGAUAUCAGAUGUAGUUGCCAUGUAUAGAUCUUUUUUGAAUUGAUACUAUGAUUUUGAUAAAUAUACCAGAAAAAAUCAAUGUUGAAUAUCUGGCUUGUCUUUAAAAAUUAUAAAGAUAAAAUGAUAAUUCAGUGGGUCUUCUCACUUCUGCAAGGAGGCCUUUUGUACCUCUGUGUCUUGAAAGGGCUUUUAUUUUGAUGGAAACCUGUGGGCCACACUGGGGGAGACACAUCCUGGAAUUUCCUCAAAUGGCAGUGAGCUUUCAAAAAACAAGUUCAGACAUGUCUAGGCAAUUGGUAGCCUUUGAUUUUCUCUUUAUAUUGCUGAUAUCUUUUAUCUGGAUGUUUUGCACCUUGGUUUACCUUCUCUUUUCUGAACUAGCAGCAUGUUGGGGCAGUUUGUCAUCAGUAGACCCAGUAUCUAAAGACCAGACUUCUCGUCGUCCACUGGAUUAUGCCCAACGCUUUUCUACCCAAUGAUCCUCUUGCAACACGCCGGGCUUCCUCCACCUAAGCGGCCCUCGUCCUCUCCUCCUAUGUCAGUGGCCACCAGGUCUACAGGAACCUUGCAGCUUCCGCCACAGAAGCCUUUUGGGCAGGAGGCUUCCUUGCCUCUGGCAGGGGAAGAAGGGUUACCUAAGGGAGGGGAUCAAGACUCUGCCCUGGAGGACCUCUGUAAGCCCCUGUACUGCAAGCUCUGCAAUGUCACCUUGAACUCAGCACAGCAAGCCCAGGCUCAUUAUCAGGGUAAAAACCAUGGUAAGAAACUCCGAAAUUACUAUGCUGCGAAUAGCUGUCCUCCUCCUACCAGGAUGAGCAAUGCAGUGGAGCCUGCGGCUACUCCAGUUGUUUCAGUCCCUCCGCAGAUGGGCUCCUUUAAGCCAGGAGGCCGAGUGAUCCUGGCCACAGAGAACGAUUACUGUAAGCUCUGUGAUGCCUCCUUUAGUUCUCCGGCAGUGGCCCAGGCUCACUAUCAAGGGAAGAAUCAUGCCAAGAGGCUGCGGCUGGCGGAAGCUCAGAGUAACUCAUUCUCGGACUCCUCAGAGGUGGGUCAGCGGAGGGCCAGGAAAGAAGGGAAUGAAUAUAAAAUGAUGCCUAAUAGGAGAAAUAUGUAUACGGUACAGAACAAUUCAGCAGGUCCUUACUUCAACCCCCGCUCCCGGCAGAGAAUUCCGCGUGACCUGGCCAUGUGCGUUACUCCCAGCGGCCAGUUUUACUGCUCCAUGUGUAAUGUUGGGGCUGGCGAAGAGAUGGAAUUCCGGCAGCAUUUAGAAAGCAAGCAACAUAAAAGCAAGGUGUCUGAACAGCGGUACAGGAAUGAGAUGGAGAACCUGGGCUAUGUAUAGUGAUUGCCAUGUUCAGAUAGAGCACCUUGACCUGCCUGAUGUUUACCUUGUCAACAUGCCUUGCUUUGUGGUCCUUUUGAUAUGAAUACAUUCCUCUGCUUAACAUGAAUACAUGUAACCCGCAGUGGUACCAUGAGAUGUCAAAACUGGGGGAGGAAAAGAAUGUGCUUCUUAGGUCCUAAUGCUUUUUCAGGUCAGUUGUGUUGAGCUGUUUAUCAGCAUGUGACCUAACUACCCCCUCAGAAACAACUUUUUAUCUUGACCAAGUUGUGGUCAACUAGUAGCCUGACUGCUUAGAGUUAUGACUAUUUAGAAAUUUCAUCCUCCAUUGUGUUUUUAGUUUUCUGUACUGUUAAGUAAAGGAUUUUACUGAGUUCUUACUUCCUAUCAUGGUAAAAACACGGAAGCAGAGAUUGGAGUGUCCCAAGGGUUCAUUGGAACCACCACCUCAGUGCUUUGUCAGGAGGUUAGUCUGUUGUAAACAGCAUGGAGUCUUUCACGAGGCAUUCCCCCGUUUAUCAUGUUCCUCCUUAUUGAAAUGCAGGUUUUCUUGAAUUCACACACUGUGUGUGUGUGUGGUGUGUGUACGUACUGCUGAACAGCUAAGCUUCAUUUCGAGGUGUGGAUUUCACACCUUUAAAUGCCACCUUUUUCCCUCCUCUUUUUUUUUUUAAGUUGAAAGUCAGUUUGUCUAUGAAGCUUAUUUUUAUGCCACAGCUGUGCUGUGGGUUUUCCAAGCCCCACUUUUGAAUAUCUACUGAGUUUAAGAUGGGUAUGACUUUUUAAAAGUUGUGGUUUUUGGCUGGCUUUAGGAAAUGUCAAGAUGUGUUUAAUUUUUCAAUUGAAAAGUACUUGUUCCUUGGUAGUAACAUUCGCUUAUAUGAUGGUCUCGACUGUAAGUUCAGAUCUCUUGAUAUUUUGGCAGAAUUUUUAAGUCAUAUAAUUCUUACACUUCACUUACAGUCUUUUCUGUUCAGCCAGUGUGUACAGCUACAUACUGUUUCAUAGACAGAGAGGAAUUUUUAAAAAAGUUAGUCAAAUUUCAGUUUCAUCAUUUCCAGUAGAAAAAUACUUUGAUUUUAGAGCCAGUUUUCUUCUUUGUAAAAUGAAUCUUUAAAGAAUUCCUUGAAGAUACUGAAAAUAUAGAUUACUUUGUAUCUGAUAAUAAUUCUGAUCUGAUAAUAAGUAUUAUUCUUUUUUUUCUUCUUUUAAAAUAAGAAGCUAUAGUGUAUGUCUAGAUUAACUAAUGGAGUACUCCGUGGACUUCCAUUAACUCAAUUCUAUUUACUAUAUGUUAUUUUACAUGGAUAAGACUGGUGCUCAUUCAUGCUUCUUUUGAAAGGCCACUUUCAUUAGGAAAUUUAUCUUGAGCAGUAUCUUUCACUAUGGUCAAUUCACGUUUGAUUGCCUAUCUUACUAAAUAAAAACAAAACACCUGUUUUUCCUGAUAAUUUAUAGGUAAGUAGGUGGGGAGAAGGGAAAUUAUAAUCAUCAUUCCUUUUCUCUAAUACUUUUGAACAAUCUAGAUCCAUACUUAUAUAUAUUAGUUUUGCUAUUAACCUUGAUACAGGAUCAAGUUACACUCUUCUGUUGAAGUGGUAGUUUAUUGAAAAGUAGAAUUGUUCGUGGAAAGGUGUGCUUCUCCCAGAUACAGAAGAAUGAAAUAAAGUUCUGUUGAGAUUCUAUCUGGACCUGUGACUCCUUGUAUAAUAACCUAUUUUUGCAGUAAUCUAUAAAGUACAGCGGAUUAGUUUAGGGCAGUUUAGUGCUUAUCUUAUUGACUCAUAGGUUACUCUGCUGCUAAGUAUAAUUUUUUAGUAGAUUUUAAUAUUACAGUGCUGGCCACUUGGUUCUAUGAUUAUUUAAAAAUCUCAUUUUCUGUUUCGACAUACGUAUAGAUGUGAUACCAUAGAGAGAAUUUCAUUGAAUCUUUUUUUUUCCUUUUUUUCAGAUAACAGGAAAAGAUUGUGGCUAUGAAUUUAUGUUUUGUAAAAGUGACAUUUCAUCCACUUUCAGUUUUUCCAUUGCAAAUAGAAUUAAAGGAUGGGUUUCCCCGCUCUCCCCACUUAACAAUCGUGUUGUAUACAUAGAAAAAUCAUUGGACUUUAGGGCUUGAUUUUUUUCCAGGCCUUGUGUAUUCAGGUUUCCAAUUUCCCAGUGCCCUUAAUGGAUGUUACGAAUGCAUAAGUGUAUUUUCUUUUAAAGAAAGAAGUUAGAUUUAUAGUGUUAUUUCUUACUUGCUCUAUUUUCUUUGCACUAAAAAAAGAGCGAUGCGUUUGUUUUAUAUGACACUUUAGAUACCAUAUUGCCUACGAUAACUUAGUUUGCUCCUUAAUUUCCAAACUCUAGGAAGUAGGUAAAUAACUUCCAUGAUCAUAUGUAGAAGUUACAUGCACAUCCAAAAAAAAAAUAAAUAAAAAUCACAAGUCUUUAUGACAGUGGGUUGUGUUUUGGGCUUGCUACCUUGUAAUAUUUUCCUGUGUCCUGUUGCUUAAACAGAGGGUGAAAGAGGUAGUCAGGCAGGAAAUGCCUAAAUAACUACAUCUCUGCAUGGUACUGUGUCUCCUACUCAUGCAUUCCUUACAGGCAAUGUUUCUUCCUGUCAAAACAGGCUGUUGUUACUAUUGCAGUCACUGAUACGUGAUCUCUGUUGGUUUCAUUUUGUGAAGUCCAGCCCUGCUGUGUAAUGUGCUUUAGGAUUUGCCCACUGUUCCCCACCCUCCCGAGAAUCAUCUUUGUAUCUUCUCAUAUGCUGUAUAUAAGGACAAACAGAGACCCAAACAACUGAAAAGCUUUAGUCAGAAAACGCGAGUAGAUUUCAGUCUUCGUUUUCAAGAGGAACUCAUAGCAUCCAAGUCUCUUCUUUGUGACUCUCCUUGUGUUAAGUUGUCAUUCCAAAUCAAAACUGGAAGAUAACAGAAACUCUUUUAAGGUAGUGAGGGCAAGAAGUUGUAAGGGAAAAAUCCCAUAUUCCAACUAAAAGAUUGGAUUGCAUAUGCCUUGGAAGUAGUUUUUCCAAAAAAAAGUUAAGUUACACAACUGAGUGUGCCGUGUACUCCUUUUGACUCCAUGCUGAUCAGAAGAUACUUUGUGGGUCUCGUCUUCGUAUGUCAUGUACUGCAGCUUGUAGAUACGAGCAUGUUCUUUAUUACGUUUGUCUGCUUAUCUCUUAUUGCACUGAAUUCUGCAAGGCGAAUCAUUUUUUUAUACUGUUUAUUUUAAAAAGGUUCCUCUGCCAACUCUUCCCCCUUCUUAGUUAGUUAAUAAACCUAGAAAACCAUUUAGAAUUUUGGAACUCUGAAUGAAGAAUCUGGGCUAUCUGAGAUCAUUCUUAUGUCCCUCUGACUUAAACAGCUAAAGGGGAGCUUGUCACCUUCCUGCUUGUUUUCACAAAGUGAUUCGAUAGAGCUAGUAUUGUAUGCUUGCUUAUAAAUAACUAUCUACAGUUUUGAACAAGGAUAAAAAGAGAAAUCUAUAUGUAUUUAUGUUAAAUACAUAUCUAUUAGUGAUAUCCGGUUAAGUCUUCCUCUGUAGAUAGAGUCUAAGGAGUAGUGGUGGGAUUCACGAUUCCUUUGCCCCUGAAUUGACCGAGACUGGAAGCGGUGACAGUUCAAGGACUGUCUAGUGACUUACAUGAGUCUUGCUUAUGUCAGGGGAGACAACUCUUCUGCAUAGUAUUCUCUACAGAGAGGCGCGGGAUUGGUGGAUUUGGGACCGAAUCUAUUUUGUUUCCUCAAAUCUGGAACUUAGAUUGGAAGUACUCUCUUAGGACUUUGGUGAGGCAUGUCUGAAGGUCAGUAGAACUUCUUUAGAAAUAAAUUGAGAAAUGUUCUCUCAGUGUGGGAAAAAUUAAUGUAGGCUUUGGAACAAAAUAUUUUUUAAAAACUACCUUAUCUUUUUUUUUUUUUUUUAAACCAGCCAAAUCAUCAUUCAGGAGUUUCAUAUAUAAUAAGAAGUGUUUUGUUUUGUUGGGGGAACCCCUGCCGUCGUGAGCUAUUACUGUCCAUCUAGCUGAAUGCACAAAUAGCUGUGUAAAUAGAUUCUCAUGAGACAUUCCUCCUGAUAGCUGUUUGACUUUUUCUGCCCGUUAGGACUGGGAGGAUCAUUUGUGAGCUCCCUUUCUGAGCAGCUACCAAAAAAAGUACUGGCUUAUGGUCCUCUGUGACCCUGUCUCCGUUAAGCCCAGAAUAUGAGUGCCUUUAGCAAGUGUUAGCAUUUCACAGAGAGAAGAGAUGACCGGACUGUUGCCAUUAGUCACAAUUUAUAAAACAGGCGCUUGGAACAACCAAGAUCUGUGUGAAUUGUAUUCUAACACCUUUUUGUUUAUUUAAAUGCUGUCUCAAUUUGAUACCGAGUAAAACCAUUAUUGUUAUCGAUCAGGAACCAUACGCCCUGAAAAUGAAUCUGGUUGUCUCAGGUUGCCAACAAUUCAUAGACUAUUUUUCACCUUGCUCUGUGUUACGUUUCUAUCAGUGACUGGUAGUACAGUGGAUUGGGGAGAGCUUGACACAGAUGUCUGGAAAAACUCUAUUUCAGUGUCUUUUAAAAACCUGUUUGUUCUGUAGAGAAGACAGAAUUAUGUAUUUGCAAAUACAGUAUGUGAAGAGACCAUCUUGUGCAAUAAUGUAAAUUGCGUUAGUUCAUCUCUACAUUUAAAAGAGGCAUCUUCAGAAAUGAGGCCUUUAGAGGAAAAAUUUCCUUACUUCAAUUAAUUUAAAAUUCUAAAUUGAGUGCUUUAAGUCUUUAAAGCACACUGCUUAAUUAAUUUUAUUGUAGAAAUGUUAACAUUUUAUUAUGAAAAUGUUCAAACAUCCUCACAGCUGAACAGGGUUGACAACAUACCUGCCACUUAGAUUCUACGGUCAACAUCUAUUAUAUUUGUACCAUCUCUCCAUCCCUGUAGCCAUCAAUCCAUUGUUCCUUUUUUUCUUAAAUACAUUUCAAUGUAAAUUGCAGACAGUACACUCCUGUUAAAUACUUUAGCAUGGUGUCAUUAAUGAGAGUUUUAUAUUUGUUUAAAUAUUAAUAUCAUUUUGAAAGCAGUGUGAUAAUGUUGAUAACCUGAGGCAAUUAGCAUAAUCUUUUUUUUCCUUUUUCUUCUGUGGACUUUAGUUUUCCAGUUUCUGUUUUUCUCUGUGCUUGGGGUGGGAGUGGUGGGAACCAAACCCAUUGCUGUUGAGUCGAUUCCAACUCAUAGCAACCCUAUAGGACAGAGUAGAACUGCCCCAUAGAGUUUCCAAGGAGCUGCUGGUGGAUUCAAACUACUGACCUUUUGGUUAGCAGCUGUAGCACAUAACCACUAUGCCCCUAGGGUUUCCACUCAGAGGGAAGACAACUCCUUUUCAAAUUGGAGUUUUCUGGUAUGGUCACUUUAAAUGCUUAAUUAUCAUAAAUUUAAAAGUUUCACGAUAAGAAUGUUUUCUUUAUCCCUCUUCUUAAGAUGCAGUUUUGUUGAGCAAUGUAACUUCUUAAAAAAAAACAAAAAACUGUAGAUUACUGAUUGGGGUUGAUUAAAAGCGUAUACCUCAUUUUAACCUAUUGCUGCUCUUCUUACUGUUGUCACUUCUUUCGGCCCUUUCACUACUUUUAGCUGUUCUAUCAGACAAGAGGGGAGUACAGGAAAUGGCCAAACCCAUAUGUGAUGAGCCGUUUGAAACAACUCUUGGCAAACAAGUAGCUUAGAAAGUCAAAACUAUUUGUAUAAAGCCUUUGAAUUCCCUGAUAAUUGUCACUGUCUGUCCUUCCCCUAGUCAUAAUUAGCAGGAUUAAGAAUGAUUGCACUGUAUAAAGAAUUGUUGAAAUUGUGAGCCUUAGGGACCAUCUUUAGCUUUAGUACUGUCCAGAGAUUUUCUUGACUUAUGCCUUUAUUUUUCCAUUCACUUUUUGUGGACAAAAUCUGAAGAACUUAAGUGACUUCUUCUAGGUCAUGACGAUUCGGCAGAUAAGUGAGAACUGAAAGUUAAAUGCUCCUGAUUCAUAUUAUUGUAUUUGUUUGAGGAGACUCAUGGCUUCCAAAAUCACUGAACACUUCCUUUGGGCCCAUACAUGGAAAAUAUGUAUUUUUACUAAUUAGGCUUUUCUUUUUAGACCUUUCAGGACUCUGAACUUAAAGACUUUAUCAGUAAGCCCAAUGCAGUUGCUGAACAUCUCACUGUACUGUUGAAUACUAAUAAUGCAGGUUUCAUUAGAUUUCUUUUUGCAUUUAAAUGACCUUCAUGAUUCACUCAUGACUUUCUAUGUAAGUGCUUCAGUGACCCCCUCACUAGUGAAAAUAAAUGUACUCUAUCACUGAUGAUACGUGUUAUUCUCUACAUGAUAUAUUUUUUUAAGGAAAAGUAACCCUAUAUGUUAUGAUGAAUGUUAAUACCCUAGGGUAAAGCACAUAUAAAGCAGUUUAUUUCUAUUCUGCAAAUCUGACAUUUAGAAGAACAAAACUUACUUUUAGAGUGGCUGGUCGUCGUUUUGCCUUCUUUUGGCACUUGGGUACCUUUUUGUGGUUUUGUAAAUCAGUGUCAUUUGGUAAGAAUUUCCUGUGGCUUCUACAUUUAUUGGUGUUCACCUGGUGGUGUCCUUGACGUAACAGUUUAGUUUGAGUGUGGUGUGUCUGCUUUGAAAUGCCUUACAAGAGGAUGUCACACACUGCUCUGAAGCAUUCCAUGUGUUUGCUAGAACAAUACAUUGCCUCUCCUGGGUGUCUAUUCUAGAUCCCGAAGCAAACUGAUGCCGCUUUCCCUGCUAAAGUUGCAUUUUAGUGCAGUUACUGCUUUCAAUUAGAGAAUAAAAUUGUGGAAAACCAAGGGAGAUUUUUGAACCGUUCAUUUAAAGGCAUGGCAGACUUCUCAAACUGCUUUUGCUAUUUUACUAGACCUGCUUCUCUGAUGAAGGAUAUAAGCUUUAAAAAAAAAAAAAAAGCCAGCCCAAACUGUAUGAGAUUGGUGGUUUCCUAAAAUUUUCUUGGAAUAUCUCACAGGGAUUUAAGAUCUGUGUAUGCUGUUGGGGCUAAGUGCCAGUCACCACUUUGGAAAUGCUGUUUGUGUCUACAGCAAUGACGAAAGUGUCGUGGGAUUGAAACCAAUCAACUGUGAAUUGUGAAAUUGAAAUCGCUUUUUCUGUUUUAUUAUUUUUGUUUAGCAUAUUGAAUAUUGAAAUCUGAAAGUUAUUUAAAAUUUACACUGCUUAUGUUGAUGGCUCAUUUUGGCUGUGUAUCCUCACUUCUGUACUGAUUUCUGAUAAAGGCUUGAUGUUAUUACAACAGG